AAGCCUAACUACGUAACAAAUUAACUAUAGCCAUGGAUUUCUCUCUGAUUGCCCUUACACUAGCUAUCUCCUUCCUUUCUUUCUUCUACCUUCGCAAGCUUUUUUUCGCAGCUCAUACGCGAAAUAGAGGUGUACCAGAACCUACCGGAGCAUGGCCUAUCAUCGGCCAUCUCCACCUCCUCAACGGAUCUCAAAUGCCUCACAAAAUCUUUGGUCAAAUGGCAGAAAAAUACGGUCCUAUUUUUCAAUUAAAGCUCGGAGUAAAUCAAGUAGUAAUCGUGAGUGAUCAUAAAAUAGCCAAAGAAUGUUUCACCACAAACGACAGGGCCUUUGCGAAUCGGCCCAAAUCCAUAGCUUCAGAGAUAUUGGGCUACAAUUAUGCCAUGUUUGGGCUUGGGCCUUAUGGGCCUUACUGGAGAGAGAUUAGAAAAAUAGUCACUAUUGAAUUUCUUUCAGCUCGGCGAAUCGAAAUACUCAAACACGUUAGAGAAUUUGAAGUAAAAUUAGCUGUUAGAGAGACUUAUGAAUAUUGGCUGAAAAGUAAUCGUAGUAGUAAUUUAAAUGGUGCUGUAAAGAUGGAGAUGAAGGAAUGGUUUGGGAAUUUAAUUAUGAACACUAUGGUCAAGAUGCUAUUUGGAGUACAAUACACAGAUAAGGAAGAUGAAGAAAGGAGUAAGGCUCAGAAAGCAAUAAGAAGAUUUCUUGAAUUAUUUGGGGUCUUUGUUGUGGCUGAUUUUUUACCUUAUCUAAGAUGGUUGGAUAUUGGAGGACAUGAGAAAGCAAUGAAAGAGACAGCUAAAGAAAUGGACUUUAUUAUUGAAGAUUGGUUAGCAGAGCACAAAAGAAAAAGAAAAUUAAGGGGAAAUAAAUGUGGGGAUGAAGAUGAUUUCAUGGAUGUCAUGUUGUCCAUUUGUGAAGACAAAGAUCUACAUGGUUUUGAUGCUGAUACCAUUAUCAAAGCUACUUGUGUGGUUAUGCUAUUGGCAGGAGUAGACACUACUGUUGUAACUUUGACAUGGACUUUAUCUUUACUCCUAAACAACUACCAAUCACUAAAAAAGGCCAAAGAUGAGCUAGAUUCUCAUAUUGGUAAGAAUAGAUGUAUCCAAGAAUCGGACAUCAAGAACUUGAUUUAUCUUCAAGCUAUUGUUAAAGAAUCGUUCCGUUUAUAUCCAGCCACACCCCUCUCACUACCCCACAAGUCGAUUGAGGAUUGUGUUGUUAGUGGCUACAAUAUACCAAAAGGGACUCGCUUAGUACUGAACAUAUCAAAGUUACAUUAUGAUCCUGAAAUAUGGCCAAAUCCCCACGAGUUUAAGCCAGAGAGGUUUUUGACGACUCACAAAGAUGUCGAUGUAAGGGGCAAUCACUUUGAGUUGAUUCCGUUUGGUAGUGGAAGGAGAAUGUGCCCUGGUGUUUCAUUGGCCCUUCAAGUUGUGCAAUAUGUGCUAGCUGUUUUGUUGCAGGGGUUUGAAAUUAAGAGGCCUUCAGAUGAAGCAAUUGAUAUGAGUGAGAGCUUUGGAUUGACAAUCCUCAAAGCCUCUCCACUCGAAGUUCAGCUAACUCCACGCUUGAAUUCUUAUCUUUAUUAUGAAUGAAAUGUUGAUCUUUUUCAGUA